AAGUGAAAGUAAGUCUCUGGAUAACGACGCAACGUGUUGGAGCGCGUUUCCCACCCCCAUUAUUCUACCUUCACGACGAUAUUACACUAAACAGACUAAACGGACUUCAAAUCCUCUCAAUUUGUAUUCCUUCUUCAUUUUCUAUUUAAGGACUAUAUUCUACCAGGAGUAGCGUGAGGGAUAUUUCUCCCUGGAGUUACAACAGCACAAUGGGUGCACUGAUGAUGCAUAUGUGCCUUGUGGCUGCUCUUGGUGCAGCAUUGUGCGGCGCUGCCCCCGUUUCAGGUAGCCUUGAGGUUUUAAUCAGGACCCCUGUCAAAGUGCAACUUGGCCAAACAACCACAUUACCAUGCUGGCUCAAUCCACCACAAAGUGCAGAUGGUUUGGAGGUAUCUUGGUAUCGUCGUCUCUACGACUCCCCGGUCAUGUAUUACCGGGCAAAGAAGUUUGAGAAUGCAUCCCAGGAAGCUUCGUAUGUGGGCCGAGUCUCGUUUGGCUUAAAGGAUGCAGCGUCUGUUGGGCUGACGGCAGGUGAUGUGAGCCUGAAGCUAGAAAAAGCCACAGUUGAGGAUGUAGGAGAUUACACUUGUUACGUCAGCAGUGAACAAGGUUAUGACAGUGAAAGUGUUCGUCUCAUUGUGACAGAAAUGGGACAUGCCCCGCUCAUGUCAACAGUGUGGAAAGAUAAAAUGGUGAACAUCAGCUGUGAGUCUGAAGGCUGGUAUCCAGAGCCUAAUCUGACAUGGUUGGAUCAAAAGCAGGUUCUUAAACCAAAAAGUCUGAAGUACAGCAAAGACUCGUCUGGUCUUCAUUCAGUCCACAGUUGGCUUCUUGUCUCCAACUCCACUGAGGUUUCUUGCUCAAUAGGCAUCUCUGAUGAGCAACCAAAAGAGGCAAGAGUGCGCCCGGAAAAGUCGCCACAAACUGAAUUGGGAUCCUCAGCAGCUGGAUGGGUGCUUUUUGCUUUGCUCCUCACAGCCAUGUUAGUGUUACUUGGAGUGCUGUACUUCAAACGGAGAGGGAAAAAAGCCGAAUCAAAUAACGACCGAGCCGAAGAGAAUCGUACCCUUUUACCAAAAGACGUGAUCCAGCCAACAAGUCUAUCAGAAGCUACCAAGUGCUAUGUAAAUGUCACACUUGAUAAGAUGGAAAAUCAGUAUCUCAAAAUCAAGGAUAGUAAACUGAGAGACGCCAAGUGUGACUUUCCCGAUGGACAUAAGGUUACCUGUAUCACAGCUAUCAAAGGAACACCUGGCUUCUCUUCUGGACAAUACUACUGGGAGGUUUCUUUGGGGCCACAUCCUAAUGUAGAUCUCAAAAGGUCCUGGUGGGUAGGAGUUACAAGUGCAACUGUCAUUUCUGAGAAGUUAGAUGUUUCGCCAACUACAUCUAAUGGUUUCUGGUUCCUGUCCUCUAACCCUAACCCUGACAAAAAUGAUAGCUUUCAGUUUAGCACAGAGCCAAACGUUUUACUGCCAGUCUACACCAGACCCCAGACGGUCGGUGUGUUUCUGAAUUACGACAGCGGAGAGCUUUCCUUUUAUGAUGUGGAACGUGAGUGUCUCAUUGGCAGUUUAACAGCUACCUUCACAGGGGUCAUUUUUCCAUUUUUCAAUCCUGGUGGAGGUGACAAAGGAGUUAUGGAGAUAUUACAGAGGGAAGAACCGGGUCAGCCUAGUGACAUGGGGAACUCUGUAGACUCAACGGCACAAGAGACUGCAUCUUAAUAUCAACUUUUGUAAGGAAGCAGGUGAAAUCUGAUAGGAUCUGUGUUUGUGUUUUAGCACUGUAUUUGGAUCAUGUGUUAUGGGGGAAAAGAGGAUACAAAAAAAUUAAUGGAACCAAGUUUACUUGUUUUGCGUACUUUAUGUACUUAGUGGAGUUCAGGGAAAACUGUUAAGUCACUGAAAUGGGUGACCACCCAAGAUUUUUAUUAAACAAGUCAUGUUAAAGCUGAAAUGUCUUAUUGUAUACGGUCAUAUUAGCUCAAACUCCGGACCAAUUGCAGACAGAAUAAUAACAGAAAGGUCUGUCAGUAAAGGAUUGAUACCACUCUCCAGAUAUCAAUCUUCGCAUCUAACUCUCUGCAAGAAAACCAAACUGAUUGAGCAGCAUUUCAUUUUCUAUAUUUUUAUGUUCACUGUCUGUUAAGUGAUUUAAAAAAAACUUAUGCUGUUGUGCAUUUAUACACUAUUAGUAAAUAUACACUGACAUUUAAUCUAAUUUCAUUUAUACACUAAUUACAAUCAUUUAGGAAGUUAUUAUUGCUUGUGCUGUGUGACUCUUCUUUUUUUGAAUUUAAGUACACUUUAUGACUUAGUUAUUUACGUGAUUCACAACUAUAUAUUCUCUUGCCUUUCGGGGGAUUUUGGUCUUGUAACCAUUCAGUAAACACACACUACAAACAGAAAUAUUGCAGAGGUGAGUCUACAAGCCAGACUCAAAAACGCUGCUUUGUGCAAACUUUAAUCUUAUUGAUCUUGCGUAAGAAACUGUAGGUGGACUUGAGCUAAUUCAGAGAAGGAAGGACUGGGAAGGAUCUAAUAAGGUAGCAUUAACCGUGGCGAGCCUGGCCACAAACUGACAUACAAAAGUUAACAAUAACCCAACUCUGGCACGACCACUAAAUAGAGUUUACUUUUUAUUCUGUAAUAAUUGAUGUUAAAAUGUAUAAUUAUUUUUGAACGUGUGUGUGUACUCUUUGUGACUCAGCUUUUUCAAUAAAAUUCAAUCAAUCUGUGA